GGCAUCGAUUGGCUUCAAGUAAAGAUGGUAAGGGAAGUGUCUUUAUACAUCUAUAGUUAGGUUAAACAAACCAGGGUCGACGACGAAUGGAUGUGGUAGCAUUAAACAGAGAUAUACGGGGAGGACUGCGUUAAUGUUGAAAAAAAAAAGUGAUUAGAUGAUAAUUGGAAAACAAUUUUAACAAUCGCCAAGUUCAUUUAGGCUAGACUAGGACAACAAUGAAACCACCAAUCAGCCAGAAUCAGUAUCAGUCCAAUCAUUAAUUCAUUAAUCAUUAAGUCAAGUCAUAAUCAGAAAUCAAUUAUAUAUUAUUAUUAUUUAGACUAAUUUAGAUUAUUUAGUAUUUAAAUUUUAGUUUAAGUAUUAGAAGGUAUAUUUAUUAUUAUUAGCCUAGUUACUUAAGUUACUGGUAGCAGUAUGAUGUCAGUAUGCCUAUUACUAUUACUAUUACUAUUACUAGUAUUACUAUUUUUAAAUUUAAAUGUGUAAAAAAUAACAAAAACUUUAAAAAAAGCUUUUUUAAGACUAGUUGUAAUACUUGGUAAAAGUUUAAGUAUUAUUAUUAUUAUAAAUUACAAAUAUAUUUAAAGUAACAACUAAAGAACUAUUUUAAGCAUUUUAUCAGAAUUUAAAAGUAAAGAAAAAAAAAAUUAUUUAAAAAAUUAUGAUCUAAGAAUUACAAUUACAUCUAAUGACAUUUAUUGGGAAAACCCAAACAUCAGACAAUUGUUUUUUUAGUGGUUUUUAGUGCCUUGUUAAUAUUGUGGAAAUAAAAUUAAAAUUAAUUUGUUCUAAAUAAACAUGCAAAUGACUCCUAUGUUGGCCAAAACAUUUAAGUUUCUUUGAUUUAAUUAUUAAAAACCGGGCGUUGCAAAACUGAUAAUGUAUCAGUAUCUUCCCCACUGCUUAAAAGUAAAAUUAAUAAAUAUAAUUGAUUGCUUUUUAAAUUGUAAUAAAACACACACAAAUUUUAGUUUUGUAUUUUUAACAUUUAAUUAAAACUUUUUACUUUUAUUAAAAUUUAUAAAGUAUAAUAAAGUCUAAAGUAAUAAAAACUUAACCUUUAAAUAUAAUACUUCUAAUAAGAAAAUGCUGUGUAAGUCAAUCAGUGCAGGGAUACUCCAUAGUUUUCAGAGAGAAAGAGUAAUUAUUCUAUUUUUGAACAUUUGAACACUAUACUAUCAUGUAUUUUUAAUUGAAAUAUUGGCCUACAUCUUGCCCACAGUUGAGAAUACAAAACUUAUUAAAUGUCUUUAAAAACCUCAAUUUCUAGGCUAAUUUAGUUAAUAAUAUAUUUUAAUUAAAAUUAUGUCUUAUCUUGAGUUUCCCAGAAGGAGAUUCAAUUUUAUUCAGGAAUACAGGGUCAAGGAAAAAGCUGGGAAAUGAGAAACCAUACGCGCAAAAAUAUAUUUAAUAUCAUGACCAGAAUUGGGAAUCAAUGUCAACAGCUUCAGUUUUUCCAUAGUAAACAUGUACAAUCAAUCAGUCAUGUCACAAUGGGAAUGGGUAGAUUGUGAUAGACAUGAUUUGUGAUUGUAAUUAGGUGAUUAUGACAUUGAAAUAGAAUAUUAGAAAUAAACAAGGAAGCCUCAAUCCCAAAACUACUUUUGACUUAAUUUUUUAAAAAUCUAUUCUAUCUACAGGCUCAUUACUUCAGUGAAAAUCAAAUAGAUGGUGAGUACAAAGUUAAAUAAUAGUAAUGGGAGUGGCUUAGUCGAUUGAUUUAUCACGUGAUGUGAGUAAAAACGAGUAAGACUUCCGGUAGGCUGUAUACAACACACUAGAGCUUGACAACAGUAGCCCGAUACACACUACAUUUCGUCCAAUGAAAAUUAACAAAAAAACAAAGGGGAAUGACUCCUGCAUCAAUAUUGAAUAAAAACGCAAAUGACGUCAUGAGCACGCACGGAGCUCAACAACAUCCUGCCGAUAAUAGUAUUGAUAGUUCCCAUCGAAUAUCGCUCACAAAUUUUUCUUGAAAUAAAUUUCUUCCUUUAAUCAUAACUGACAUAUAUUUAUUGUCACAUUUGUGUAUUUCAUUUAAAAAACGCAUGUAUUCCAGAAUAUUUCGAAAGGUAAAAUUUUUACGUAACAUGACAUUGGGGAAGCACUGAUGAAGUAUCUUUAGUUGUGUAUAGCAGCCUAGUGAUGGCUUACUCACAUCACGUGACCAAACAAGGAAGUGACUAAGCGACUCCCAUUGAAUAUAAACUAUCAAUAUUUUUUUACCUAAUUGAAAAAUGUCCUUCAUAAAAUGUAUAGUUUAAAAAAGUAUAAUGGGGUUAUAGAUUUAUUUUUUGUGGUUACAUUGAUGUCUAAGAAAUCCAGAAGUCAAACUUAAAUUAUCUAUGUGUAUGGUGAAAUGACUUUUAUGCUAUUGUAGGUGGAUAACUCUUGUAUUAGUUUAUCACCUGCUCGCGUCUAGGGGUUUUGUAUUUGAUUCAUUUCACACCAAAGGCUCUUUUAUGAUCAUAUUCACUUAUAUGUAUAUAUCAAAGGAAUCUCCAUUUUCAUGAAAUAAACUUACAGUAUUUCGCAUAAAUAAGACGCAAAGUUUUACUUACCCCGCACCCAAGUUGUGUCUUAUAUAUGGGUGUGUCUUAUGUCAAAUAUUUUUUACACAAAUCAUAUUUAUUAGUCUAUGUACGGUACUAAUCCCACUCGCUGCAGACUUGGCUUAGCAGAUAAAUGAAGCCGCCUUUAAAUCUGGCGUUUAUUAUUUUUAGAAUCUACAUACCAGGUACUCAAUCAAUUCGCUAUUGGCCUGGCGGCAGCUAAGAAUAAACAAUAAUCGUUGUGGUCCUGCCUCAGACAAUUCUUUGAUCUAUCGGUAAACCAAAAAUGGCAAUGAAGCCUUAUUCACAUUGGACGGGUAAUGAAACAUUGGACAAAUUUUCAUUUAUGAUAAAGGAAAGGAAACCACUGGAUAUAAAUUGUUCAGUGUGGCGGAUGCCUAGGCCACAUGCAUCUUAUGUAAAAAAAUUUCACGCAAAUCGUCAAAACCUGCGUCUUAUAUAUGGGUGUGUCUUAUGUAAAAUAUUUUUUACACAAAUCGUUAAAACUCGCGUCUUAUGUAUGAGUACGUCUUAUAAUUACGUGUGUCUUAUAUGCGCGAAAAUACGGUAUCUAUUUACAUAGGCUUUACAACACUUCAUAGAAGUUAUAAAAGUUAAGGAUAUGAGAAUUCAUAGCCUAUAAAAUAGUUUAGAUCUACCUUUGCAUAUUAUUUAUAUCUAGGUUCUUUGGGCUAUGGACAUUGGUCUACCAUAAUGCCUAACAUUCAUCAUAAUAGUCUAUUGCUUUGUAACAAUAUUUUAUAUGAUCAGCCCGUUUAAAACAUAAUUUAUCAUUAUGAAAUGAUUGAUGAUCUGGCCUGAUCGAUCAAUGUACUAGGUCCAUUCAAUGUUCAAAGUGGUUCCUCCAGUCCUCUUCUAGGUGGCUUCUUAGGGUGGGAUCAAAAGUGGACGUCACAGCAGUACAUUGUGGAAUAGCCUUUCCCUUGUGCAUUGUGGGGUGUAUACUUCCCAGCUCUGUGUCUGGGGUGUAAAGUCCUAUCAACACACGGUCCCAUCUAUGCAGGCUUGUUCUUCCUGAUGGAUAAUGGGUUAAAUCCUUGGAAUCCGGCCUCUGGGAAAUAAUCCUCAAUCAAGCUGCUAAGUUGUUGAGAUUUCUUGCAAUACAGCAACCAGGCUACAUGUGAAAUGAUAUAAUAAAAAGGAAGAGAUCAACUUUUCCAAUAGUCAUAAGCUGAAACGUCCCUUUCCAAAAACAACAAAUUCACAUCGAGUCAUUGGAGGGGGCAUUAGCUUAAACACAAACAACUAUUGUGUGGGUAACAUUAUUAGUCUUUAACAUAGUGGUGCAAGUGUGUAUGGCUAGCGUCGAUGUUGUACAAAGGAUCUUCUCAAUAUUAAUUACACAAUGAAUUAUAAAAUAAGGCUUGUAUUAAUGUUGUAUAUCCCGACAAGUUUCGUGGUAUAACAUAUAUAAAAGCUACCUCACCAUCCUUAAGAUGGGAUUAAGUCUUUAGAUAACUAAAUCUCAAAAGGCCAACACAAGUUCCAACUUGGAGAUGCAUGGCGAACAUAGAGUUUAUGAGUUGUUUUUAAUAUAUCACUGUUGAAUUCUAAUGCCCAGUUAAAUUUCAUCACAGUGUACAUCUGAGAAGAUAUAAUCAAAAUUUCAAACAUAUCUUUUUGUUAUUUUAAAAUUUUUUUUCCUUAGUUCAAGGCACCGGACAUAGAUUAAACAAAAACAACACACACAUUAUUUUGCUAAAAAUCUAUGCAAAUGAAAGAUCUAAAUUUCUCACCUAUGGAAACAAUGAGAAGCAAUAAAAUCCAUUAGAAUUUAGUUUGCUGAUGCUUAAGUGUGAUAAGUGGGGUAUAAAUACACAAUAACAUUGGGAUUAUAAUCUGCAGAUAAUAUCUUAUCAUAACCAAUGUGCCUACAAUUUAAGAAGAGAACCCUUCAAGUUUGGUCAAUUUUUUUUUAAGUUUGUUUGAAUUUAAUGAAUGCCUAUCAAUUAAGGGGUAGCCAUUUACCUACUGGUGUCAUGUACACCCCUUACAAUAAAUUAAGUUAAAAUGUUUUACUUCAAAAAUAUAAAUACUGAGAAGAAUUUAAAACAGCUCGAGCUGAAUAUAGUACAGACACAUAGAAAUUUAACUGAUAAAACAUGUUAGGAUUUUUUAUUAAUCAUUUUAAAAAGUAACUGAGUUUUUUUAGUUAUCAUUUAAAAAAGUAACAGUUGCAACACCACCAAGUUUUAGGUAUGUCUCAUAGACAGGUCCCUGAAGGUAAAACCCAAGUUUUAUUAACACACUUGUGCAUAAACUAAGUUUUUUAACCUGGAAGUAAAAUUUGAGGGACACCAAAUAAGGUUCAACUAAGUUUUACAUUACACAAGAUUUAAUGAGUUUUAAUUAUUUUCCUUUCAUUUCAGCCUUCAAAGAAUGUUUUUUUUUCCACGCAAGGAAAGGGUACAUCACCAGUGAAGGGGAUCUAUCAAUCAUAAUCCGAUCACUGAAUUAUUGUGUCACCAAGGAUGAAGUCCACACAUAUUUUUCAAAAGCUGCUGCUGCUGGUAAGUUAUUUUUGUUGUCAGUCUCAAAUAAGAAUCUUCAAUUUUCUACUUUGUCUAUACCAUGAAAAUCAAGGAUUUGACUAUAUUUUUUUUAUAGCCUUUAACAUAAAAAAACUGGAUGCUAUGAAUGUCAUGCCUUUCUCAUGACUUCUUUCUGAUUUUCAAUCAUUAAUUGUCCAAUUUAAAAAAAAAAUUAUAAUCAACCUCUGUAGAGUAAAGUUUUUUUUAGCUGUCCAAACUCUAAAUUUAUAUUUCAGAUGAUGGUCGGAUAGAUUUUGCCUCCUUCCUCAACAUCAUGCACAACCAUUCCCUUGUUGAGAACAAGCAAAAGGAACUGAAAGCAGCUCUUGUUGCCCAAGACAGAGACAGAAGAGGUUAUUUAAAUGCCUCUGAGCUGAGGCACAUUCUAACCAACAUUGGGGAAAAACUUAGCCCCAAGGAAGGUAAGAAAAGCUAAACAAAAAAUUUUGCAGUGAGACUAGAGGUCUCUUAAUUAAACAAGGUACACAAAUCAAUAGUAAAAGAAUGGAAAGAAAAAAUAUUAUUUCAAUUUUAUGUCACAAAGUUUUAAAAUUGGUUUACUGUCAACACCAAAUGUUUCAUAUUAUUAUUAUAUUACACAGUAAUAAUAAAUUUGUAAAAUAAUCUUUAUAUUAUACUUUUAUUAUGCUUACCACAUCUAAAGUUCAUGUGUCUCCCAUUUUUUUUUUUUGGUGCUUAUUAAUAAAAUACAUAUUACAAAUUUGUUGAUAUGACAAAGAAUGUCAUAAAGUAAAAAGAAGAAAAAAAAUUGUAAAACAAAAUAGAUCAUUUUUAUAGUGUUGAUAAAUAAAAUUUCCUGUGUACCAGUAUAAAGAAUGUAUUGCGUAAUGGUGAGAUCUAUAGAGUGCAAAAUAAUAUUCCAGAUAACUGCGCUAAAUGAGAUUUAAAAAAAUAAUAGUAUGUUAAUUUGCAUAAUAUUUUCUUUUGUUUUAUGAAAGUAGUCUCAAUUUAAAUAAGAUGUAAUAAAUCUGCUGUGUUGAAGGGGGUGUGGCAUUAUAAUAUUUAAGAGGCAGUUGUGUACAUAGGGGAGGAGUUAUCACAAAUUGGAAUUCUUUAAAAAUUUGUUACUUAAAUGAUUGUUUUGUCUUGAAAGUUCACGCAUUGCCACCAUCAUUGUUUGGUGGUCUAUAACUAGUACAAUAAAAAAUCUUCAUUUUCCAUAUUAACCUUGAAAUCAUUGUCAUGUGUUGGUCUUACUGCUUCCACCUCCCUCCUCCCCCAUUUGAUUCUUAGCCUCAUAAGAUCAUUCAGAUGUUACUCUGUCAUCUAAUGUUAAUCUUUCAUUAUUUACUUCUGGUUCGUGUAUUGUAAUUGUUGAAUCUGUAGAGAACAGAGAUAAAUUUUAAGAUAAAUAACUAAUAUUUCUCCAGUUGACUCCCUAUUCCGUGAGGCAGGAGUUCAAGCAACCGGCCAGGUGAACAUUGCCAGCUUUGUUGACACCAUCAUGACACCUCAAGCCGAUUAUUAACCUAUUAACAGCCAUCUCACAUUAUUUAGGGGAUCAAAGUUCAUCCAUUGUUAUGAAUAGCCACUUACUUUUCACAGCUACUCUCUUGAUGCUAGCUCUUAAAACAACUAAUUGCAUAAGUUUUGUUUUAUAUUUUAAAAAUGUUGAACAUUUUAAUAAGCAAGGGGUGGGUUGUGUUUUAAGGUUAAAUGGUUGGCAGCUGCAGUUUCUAAUGAAAGUUAAAAGAGAUAAAGCAAACCGAAACAUUGAGUGACAAAACAAAACUUUUUAAGGGGGUAUUACAAUUAUUCAUAGAGAAACUAGCACUUACUGCACCUUAAUUGUGUGCAUAUUUUUUUAGCUUGUCAUUUUUAUUUAAAGCCACAUCAGGUUUCACCUAAUCAGCUUAUAAUUUUGAUGUUUUAUUUUUUUACUUUUAAUAUUCAUUCAUAUAUUUAUUAAUAUGUACUAUGGUAACGGUAGUGACAUAGACAUUCCAUUGCAACACUCCAAAAAGCAUAUCAGAGAUGCAUUCCAACUGAGCAGACAUUAUGAAACAUUCCAAAUGAGCCUACAUUGUAAGACAUUCCAACUGAACCUACAUUAUGAGACAUUCCAAGUGAGCCUUCAUAAAAGAUGUUCCAUUUAGAAUGUUAGGUCUGUUCUUUACUAAAAAAUUGUACUGAUGUUUGACAUAAUAUACCCACCCUUUGUUCUUAAGGUUAUUUUUUACCACCAUGAUUGUUAGAUAAGUACUCCAGAUAUUCUUCCAAAAUACAAUGCUUUUUAUGAACUAGUUGCUCAAGUAUAAUUUAUGAAUGAAAUCAGUUGAUGGAAUUGUUGAUUUGCACUUUUAUAAUAAUCAUAUAAUGCAAAUUGUGUGCAAAAACCGGUAAUGGUACCACUUUCUAAAGUUAUUAACAAAACAUAUAGGUCUGAUCCGAAUUCAGCUUUAUAAAUGAAUGUCAGGGGCAAUAAGAAGGUCAAUGUUUAGGAGGCAGUGUAAAGAAACCCUUCCUUUAGUUUCCUUCUUUCUGACAUGGAUUGUUGUAGCUGUAGGUAACAGUUUCAGCCGUUUUGCACUCUCAAUCUCAACUUGAGAAAUUAAUCUUUGCCAUGAUUAAAAGUGACUCCAUUGCAAAUUUGAGUGUGUUAGUAACUUUAAUGUAUUCAAUCUUCUAAUUCAAAAUACAAUGUUUAAAAUAAUGUAUUAUCUACAUGUGUUGAAGUUGAAUCAAAUUUGACCUUUUCAGUGCAAUUUUUGCAGUUUAGCUUUGUUUUCAAAACAUUUCUGUGGAAAUUUUUCCUCAUGAAUAAUCUAAAUCAUUAUCUGUAGUGUUCUAUUACUUAGCCUUGUCUUCCAAUCCAAUAUUGGAUGAGAUUUUUUUCUUUUCCGAUUGCUAAAAUACAUUCCAAUCCAUUUUCUGAUAGACCAUUGAGUGAAAGCUCCUCCAUAUUUUUUAUAUCACUAUUUAUUUGUAGAAUUUACUCACAUUUCUUUCUAUUCAUAUUUACAGGUUUGCCAUUGAUUUUAUUGAUGUAAAAAAAAAUGGUUGUGAAGUUAUAUUUAACUAAGAUGAACUUGUCUUUUGUUUUCAUUGUUGUAAAAAUGAGUGCCAUGGGGUAACUGACAAUGGUUUGCAAAGAUCACGCCAUUUUAUUUCAUUUUUUUUUUAAAGCAAAUAAUAAUAAGUGUAAUAAGUGAUGGGUGCUGAUCAGUUGGGGCGGCCUUUAGAUGAACCAUGAGGAUGGCUCCGAGAGGUUCAGUUUAUGUCCCCCCUAACCCAGUGUUCCUCAAACGAUGGACAGGCACCGGUCCGCAAGCCUUACGUUACCUGUCCGGAGAGCAUGAAUAUUGAUGUUUAACUAGAAAGAAAAAAUGUAAUGAAUAAAUCUGGCACCGGUCCCUGAUGCAGUUUCGAAACUUGUCCACCGGUCCGUGAAACUUAACAGUUUGGGAAACGCUGCCCUAACCUAUUGCUUCAUUAAAUUUGCAGAUUUCCUGUGUAUUUCCGGAAAACUGUAAGCUUUUGGUCAGUCUGAAAUUCCUGAAAGUUUUUCCCUCUAAAAUGGAAUAAAAGUGUUUUUAUUACCCUUCACAUACCGUUGUUUUUUUUAUGUGCUAUGUAAGCAGUUUUUUCUAUAUAUUUUUAUGGGCUUGACUGACUUGAUGACAUUCAAAAGUACAUUCUUAAAAGUUGUAGUAUGUUACAGUCUUUAACCCCAAAUCUUGUCAUGAGUCCUGGCAAGGUAAUAAUAAUAUUGUCUGUUUAACGGGUCAAUCUUUGUAAUUUGUAGUUGCUAUAUGAAAACAGUGGCAGUAUGAAAAUAGUAGACUAUACCAAUAAGUCAUGUCUUGUCAGUGAUUAUAAUGUCCCCCCCUCAUUUUUUUUAUUCUUCAAAAUGUUACCUUGUUUUAGUCUUUAAACUCUUUACGUACUUGAGGAAAUGCCCUGUAGUAGGAUUUCAUGUGUCCAUAUUGAGUUAGUUGAAACUGUCCUCUCUUCGCCAUUUGAAAUCUGGUACAAAUGUUGAGACAAAAUUGUAAGAUGAGGACAGCAUGCCACUUACAAGUAUUAGACAGCUUGUGUCCUAUUUUCAUAAGCACUCGGCAUAGCUUGCCAUGAUGGAUUUCUUCAUUUUUUAAAUCUGUAUAUUCACCAUCGAGAAACCAGCAACUUUUUUGGUUAAGUGACUUUUAACCUUUCGUGUUAACAAAUUAAGUUAAUUGACUUCUAUACUAACAUCACCCACACUGGGGUAGUUGUUGGCAACAAAGAAAAUAAAACGUCGGGUAAUAGGUGAAAUAAAGUUUUUUUUUUUUUAAAUGUUAUGUUUGUUUUAUACUAACAAGUAAGUUUUACAAAUUCAUAAAUCAAAGUUAUUUACUGACAGAAAUGUCAAGCAGUGAAUAGAGACUAAAAGAUGAUUGAAAAUUAAUAUUUGUUAUAAACAUAUUAAGUCACAUAACAUAUAAAUAAAUUCAGUUUACUCU